GUUUUUUUUAAUAACAAAAUGAAUUGAGUGAUUGAUGACGACGACAAGCAAAAUGCAAAAUCGCUGUCUCCUUCAUGCUUCGAUCAAUCAAACCAUCAUCAAACCCAUAAGAAAGAGACCAACAGUGUUCCUGUAGGAAGCGGCAAACUUGCAGCUCUGUUCUCUUGAAAUGGAGAAAACAGUGAGAUGUGUUCGGUGGGGUUAUGAGGUUAAUACCUCUUCUGAUGCUUGCAUCGACGCAAUUAACUCCUAUUUUCAACAGGUUCUUAGUUAUGGGAGGAAGAGGAAAGUGAUUCUAGAAGCACCACUCUACGAUAAAGAUUGUGUUUUGGGCAGCAUUUUAGCUGCUCAUUUCCUUUCUUCAUCUGAUCCUUCUAGAGCUAAUUCCUAUGUUGAAGCUGCGGCAUCUAAUCUCGAACAAUCUACACCUUAUGAGAAAGCGGUUUACGAGGCUGUUACUUACCUAAUCUCUGAGGAUAGGGAUGACGACUUGGCUUUUGAAAUGCACACCAAGCUACUUAAAAGAUUCCCAAAGGACUUGGCUUCUUUGAAAAGAGCGCAGCUUUUAAGUUUCUACAUGGGUCAACCUGAUCCCUUCUUGGGUCUUGUUCAGCAGGUUCUACCUGCGAAUCAAGAAGAAAGUUAUAUUCAUGGUUUACUUGCGUUCCCAUUGUUAGAACUUGGUCGAAUGGAAGAAGCUGCGGCAGCUUCCAGAAAAGGCUAUGAGAUAAACAAAGAAGACGCUUGGGCACAUCACUGUUUGUGUCAUGUUCUUCAACAUGAAUGUCGGUUUAAAGAAGCAGUGGAGUUCAUGGAAGCACUCGCAGGAACUUGGCCCUCUUGCUCAUCCUUCAUGUAUACACACAAUUGGUGGCAUGUUGCUCUCUGUUACUUAGAAGGAGGGUCCCCAAUGAGUAAAGUAGAGGAGAUUUAUGAUCAUCACAUCUGGAAAGAAUUGGAGAAAGACGAUGCUGUUCCUCCUGAAGUUUAUCUCAAUGCAUUGGGCUUGUUGAUACGUUUAGAUGUAAGAGAUGCUCUUGAUGGUUUUGAAGACCGUCUCAAAAACCUUGCAGUUCGUUUAACUAAUCAGGCAAACUGGUAUUUGGAGUGGCACCUUGAUAUAUUGAUAGUUUGGGCACUAGCAAAGGUUGGAGAGACUUCAAGAGCUCAUGAAUUACUUGAGGGCCUUAAGUUCCGAUUAUCAAAGAAGAACAAGAAGAAGCAACAAGUGAUGCAGAAAGGGAUUCAGCUUGGGGAAGCUGUGUAUGAAUACGCAAGGGGUAACUACGAAAAGGCUCUAGAACUACUGGGUUCAGAGUUCAACGCCAUUGGUUACAAGAUCGUUGGGGCAUCAGACGAACAAAUAGAUGUUUUCAACGAAAUGUGGUGCCAGCUGCUGCUAAAGACAGGCCAAUCCUCCACGGCCAAAGAAGUAAUCAGAGAGAGGAUUAAGGCCAGAGAUGGUAUUCCUUUCAUGUGGCGUUUGCUGGAGAAAAGUUACUCCAUGGAAGGCAAUGCAGAGGCUGAGAGUAGUGCACGAGAGAGAGCUAAGAAACUUGAAUCUUGUUAUUUCUAACUUUGCUUCAAAAAUCCAAUAAUGACAUGUGUGUAUACAUGUUUUUAAAUAAGUAUAGAAUAAAAUAUUUUGCUACUCGUGUCCUACUUUUUUGUUUACCAAAAGGUAAAUGAAUAAGGGGGUGUAUUGAAAGUGGAAGUUUAAGAGAUUUGUGUAGAAUUUAUAAAUCCUAUGUUAUUCAAACAUGAAUUUUAAAAAGUUUCAUGAAAUUCAGUGUUAUUGAACUAAUGAUUUAAAAAUCC